AUGGAUGGAUGGAUGGAUGGAUGGAUGGAUGGAUGGAUGGAUGGAUGGAGAAAUCAAAGACACUGUGAUGGAAUAUAACAUUGAAAUAUUCACAAUAAAUGAAUGUUACUUUUACUAUAGAUAUGGCUCAAUGGAUCAGAUCUUUCUUCUUUUCUCCUCCUGCUCCAAUUUUCAGUGAACCCUGGAGGAGAAUCGAGUGGGGAGACAAACAGAGCGCUCUGCAGUAUGUGAAGGACUACAAUCCUCCCACUGAAGGCCAGCAGAUCAGGAUUCUUCUUCAUGGACCAGUUGGAGCUGGAAAGUCCAGUUUCAUCAACUCCGUCCAAAGUGUCCUGCAGGGCAGAAUGUGCAUCAAGACUCUGGUGUCCACCUCGCAGUCCUGUUUCACCAAGAGGUACAUGACCUACGAGUUUGAAAAAAAAAGCCUGGACAGCUUUUACCCUUUUGUCAUCAAUGACAUGAUGGGCCUGAAAGACGGCAGCUUCAGGAACCAAAGAGUUCACGUAAAAGAUAUCAAGCGGGCGCUGAAGGGACACAUACUGGACGGUUACAGGUUCAACCCUGAAUCUAAGCUGUCGAAAGAGGAUCCGUACUACAACCCUUCCCCAGGGGUCAACGACAAAGUGCACGUCCUGGUUUCGGUCAUCGAUGCCAACACCGUGUCUCAGCUGGAAGAUAAAGUCGUGAAGGCAAUAUGGGCAAUCAGAGAGGAGGCCAGUGAACUGGGGAUUCCACAAGUGGCUAUUUUCACCAAAAUUGAUGAGUUAUGUCCUGAAAUCCAAAAAGAUGUCAGGAAUGUCUACAAGAGCAAGAUACUGAAGAAAGCGAUGCAGAGGUUCAGUGAAGAAGUGGGUAUUCCCAUGAACUGUAUCUUCGCCGUGUGGAACUACCAUGAAGACAUCAGCUUGAGCAACGACAACGACGCUCUGAUCCUGAGCGCGCUGACGAGCAUCAUGAACGCUGGAGGCGACUUCCUCAACACCGUCAGAGAGUAACGUUCAUUAAUGCUAAACAAGCACACUAAGCUAAUGGUUGCAUUGUGGACGUAUUACAUCACAUUACAUUACUUUACAUUACAUUACUUUACAUUACAUUACUUUACAUUACUUUACAUUACUUUACAUUACAUUACUUUACAUUACUUU